AUGCAAGCAGUCGGUACGAUGGAUUCCAUGCAAUCGCAAGCAAAUCGACCAAAAAGCCUUUGCAAGAAAAUUGGCGAAGAAGCAGAUGAUGUAAUAACUUCACAAGAAAAUCUACAUGUCGAUUUACAUAAAAGACGACAUGCCAUCAACAUAACAAACAAUCCAGGAUAUCGAGUGAGUGUAAUAUAA